AAACAAUGACACAAUACGGCCAGGUUUGUAUUCGGUCUGCCGUUUGCCUAUACCACUUUAUACUGCUUCGAAAUGGGCUUAAUAUAGGUAAAAUAUUGAAUAUAUUGAUCAAUUUCCUACCAAUAAUAUCACUAGUAAGAGCAUCUAAUUUUGGUAGUUUCACGUACUAUGGCAUGAAGGAUGAAAUACCUUUAGGGUACAUCCAGGACUACUUUUUGAAAGAUGUAGUCGACGAUAUAUCAUCACACGAAGGUAUAUCUGCAUCGGUAAUUGAUAUCGCCGAAUACAACCGUCUUGCCCGAGUUCGAGGUUUUAAAAAUAUCGACAGUGAUUACGAUGUAGCAUAUUUGUUAUACACGCAUAGGGGGAUUCAUAAAUCACUUAUAUAUAAUAAAAAAAGACAUAUAGCGCGUUGGGCUACUGUCAAAAGUGUUGUGGAUCAGAUUCUUGAACAAAGAGAAUUGGGGAUCGAUACCCGGGAAGAUGGUACGGAAGAUGCAAUCGCGUCUAUUAAAUAUGAUUAUCAAUGCAUUCCUCUACAUGAUUUGACCACUAAUGCCUAUGAUGAAAUCCAGAAACUCGAAUUAUAUAUGGAUUUUCGAAAAGGGUCACCAAGAAAAACAGAACAAUAUGACGUCAUGUCGUUAGCCAAUUCAACUGCGGACUUUGCCAUAUUGGGAUAUGAAGCACAAAAUUCUGGAGGAACGCACAAAACUGUUUUGGUCCACCGAAGUCGUGGUUGCUGGGUGCAGAUUACCACACUAGUCACAGUUAAAAUUCGUACUAUACGCAACCUCCCUACUUUUUACACUAUAUCUAAAGAUAUGCAGCCAUUUAAAAGCUGUUAUGAUGCCCUUGGCGCAAAAGUAGCUAACAUAGGGUUUUAUCAUCAAGAUUGGCGUGACGUUUGCGUGGACCCAGAAAUAUUAGAUACGCAAGUUCGAUUAACUUUCGAAGACUAUAUGUGGGAAUUCUAUAAUAUGUGGAUACCAGACUUACAUCCUUAUCAACAAUCUGCAUUGAUUCUGUUAUCAGGAGCCCUAAGGAGUGCCCUAUACUCUGAACAUUCGGAGGAGCAGUUGAUAGCUAUAAAUAAUAAAAGCAUGGAACCGUUUACUUCAGAUCCAUUAAUAGGUCCAUACCUGUUGUUGGUGAAACGUAUGUUUGCUCCAACAACUUUCUCCAACAAGUUUACGGAAUCAGCACUAAACAAUCUACAAGUCAGUCGUGGAGAUUACAUUCUUGGCAUAUGGCUGGCGUAUGUUUCUGCGGUUAAGCUACUCAUUCACGAAUUGGCAAACGUCAACCUUGAGGACUAUGUACAAUCAGUAUCAUCGGGAUCCAUGAUAACACGUGGUCAAAGAAAAGUCAUUAUAGGUCUGGUAAUAAUUACCGCAUUUAUGUGUUCGUGGGCAAUAGGUAUGAUUAUUGUCCGUUGUAGCCGACGUCACAACGUUUUCUUUUCUCAGAGACAACAAAACAUACUAUUUUAUACUAUGUCAUCUACCGCUUACGAAGAAACAGAUAGUGGUUCCAACAACGCUGAAGUAUCAUUCGAUUCAACGGAAACUGACGUUGAAUCUCAAAGAAAUGUAAAACCUGUAUGAUCAUGCAUCACCCAAUUGAUAGGUUGGG